AUGACUUUAAAGUCCAAUGCUGUUUCCAUAGCUGAGCAACUGCAUUAUGAAUGCACCAUUCUGCUGGAACUUUUUAGGAAGAAGGAGAGUUUUUCCUCCAGCUUGACAGGUGCAGAUGUUCGACUGGUGCCUGUUCAGCAAUCUUCUGACAAUGAAGGCAGACUAUGGGGUCUGUACUCUGCCCUUGUCCUGUGUCAAGCUCUAAUGGACAAGGCUAUGUCUAAAGAGGAGGAGGAACUGGGCAGUGGGGAAAUGGGAGAGUACGAGAAACAAAGGAGAAUCGUGUAUGAAAGACUUAAAUAUCUGAUAGCAACAAUUUGGAACCUGUUGGAGACUAAGCUUUGUAGCUCUGUAGGAACAGAGGUGGAGUGUCCCACACUUCUAUUUGAGUUGAAGCUGUGGAUUUACAGUGUUUUCAAAGAGAUCCACUUCUGGGCCGAGAUGGCUGGCAGUAUCUUACUACAGCUGGAAAGCGCUAAAGGACCCAGCAGAUCCAGAACCGGCAGAAGCACUGUGAUUGCGGAAAACAGGGAGAAAUUCGAUAUCGAUGGAGAGUGCACCAGAAAGUAUUCCACUAUCUUCAAUGUGAUGUGA